UAAUCAUACAGUAGCUACGUUACUGUUUAAGUUACUGAAUAUAAAACACUAAGAAACGUGUUGUUUACAUUGACAGUUAAAGAAAGGUUAUUUCACGUAGCUGAUUUGUAAGCGGAAGAAAAAUAAAGUCAACGUUAUUUCCUGUGUUUAGUCCCCGCCUCCUGGUUGCAGACCGCGGAUUUUCAAAAAGAAAAAGAAAUAACAAAUACUGGUUCAGUCGCAAGACGUAACUUUACAUCAAACAAUAUCAACAGCCGCACAUUAAACACACAUGAACAUCAUGACAUCCAUUACUGAUCCAAACGUGAGUGAUGUGUUCGCCAGUGCAAUGGAGGAGAUUCACAACAAACAACUUAAAACAUUUGGGGAGAUAAUUGACGUGACUACAGAGUUGGGCCAGUCCCACAGACAGUUGGUGAAGUCUGCACAUGAUUCAUGUUUAAAGAAAUGUAAGGACGAUGAAAUGCUGUUUGAGACAAUACGGACAUUCGAAAGAGACUUGGUACAACAAAAUGCGUCAUUGAAAAAGAAACAGCAUGCCAUUUCUGAAAUGAUAUCUGGGAUUCAGCAGAAGGAGAUGCAGAGAGACGACAUCAUCCAGAAGAUAGAGAAACUUAAACAAGAGCAAGCCAAGAGAAAGGAGUUAAUCGAGUCUCAAUAUAAAACUAACAAAAACAGACUGAGGAAUCUCCAGAAAGCCAGAGUAGUCUUUCAGGAUCAUUUGGACAUGGAGAUGCGAACAAUCUUUGGCAAAACACAAUUGGUUAAAGGUGAAAAGCUGCAGUUUGUUUUCCGGAAUAUCAACCCUUCAGAUCCGAACAGCGCAUACAUUGUCACAAUUGGGAUUAAAGAAGAUGGAUCAUACCAGAUUGUGUCGAGUGACCCUGUGCUCAAGUGUUUGUCAGUCCUGGAAAUCCGGCUUCAGGAGACCAAUAACUUACCAGCAUUCUUGGCAAACGUCAGGAAGGAGUUUAUCGUUUUGGCAAGCUGCUAAGAUUGAAAGGAUGGGAGGAUAAAAUACAAUGCAAGAAACAUCUUGCUGCAACGUGGACUAAUGUAAGAAGCACAGCUUUUGGUCCGUAUGUACAGUACAGGUCGGUCAACAAAACACCAACUGCCGUUGUCAUGACUAAUAGCUUUUUUUUUUUUUUUUUUUUAAAUCUGGACUUCCCUCUACAUAAUCACUGUUUUUGGUUGAACAAGUUGUCUCAUUAUUGAGCAUAGUAGUUUGACAAUUUAGUGUAAACUGCAUAUUUGACAUUGUUUCCAAGAAGUUUGGCGUAGAGAGAACAGAUAUCUCCUGGAAAAAAUAUCUCCUGAAGGACAAAAUGUUUUCUUUUAUUUUCUCAUGUAAUUACUUAGUUUAAACUGGGUGGGUAAUAGUCUUAUUUUCCUGUGCUCCACUUUUACUUAUUAUUCAUGUUAAUCUAUUAGAAUUUACAUAUUUUAAACAACUUACUAUAGUUGAGUUUAUCUGUACACAGUGUGAUAACUAAUGAAAAACUUGAUUAAAUAUACACUUGGAUAUAAAAAUUCACAUACAGUACAAAUCCCUGCAGCAUAAAAACAUCAGGGAGAGGGGUACAAAACUUACAGAUCCUGACUUAGCAGAGGAACAUAAUUAUUAAACUGAGUGCUUUUGUCUUUUAUUAUUUUAUUUAUUAACAAUUUUAAAGCAAUGAAUAGCAUCGGUCGGUAGUACAAACAGAAUUUGUAGUUUUAUUUGGAAUAAGGCUUCCAGAUGUUGCCUUUUUAACUUUUGCCACUGCAGAAGUGAAUCUCUUUGAUUCAGGGUGAGUUUUGUAUUUUUGUUGCUGAUAAGUCAAGUCAGUCAAGCAUCAGAUGACUUGACGCUGCUUAACACAGGCAGCUCCUCAACAUAGGUGGAUGGAAAAUAGCCAGUUUUCCCUUCAAGUUUGCCCAUCCACCAACCAUUCUCUUCCUUUCCAAAAAUGUCAAGAAGAUCUCCUGUUAAACACAAAUCCAGUCAUUUUUAUAAGGAUAGUCAUAAACCUCUAACGUCUUAGAUUUUCUGCACUUAAGUAGCCACUUGCCUUCUUUCAAAGUCAAUUCAUCAUCCUGUUGAGGUGUGAAAUUGUACAGGACCUUACAUUUUCCUAUACAGCACAGCUCCCGUGUUAUUUGACCUGUUCAAUGAUGUUUUUAAUUUCUUUAAUUCGAUGAUGGAAUUCCGAAUGUGCUGCAAAGAAAGAAAUGUUUUGUGUGCU